AAGUUUGGUAUUUUAGAGAAAUUAAAUGCUGGGGAAGUGCUUGUUGGAGAUGGUGGAAUGACACAUGCUUUAGAGAAGCGUGGAUAUGUGAAAGCAGGGCCUUAUACUCCAGAGUGUACAGUGGAAUAUCCAGAGGCAGGUUGUAGUCUUCUUUUGUUGCACCUGUUGCUAUGGGGCCUAAUUACAACCUCACUUUUGUGAACACCUGUAAUUGAGAAUAUUUGAAUUCAUAUUUAAGUGGGUGCUUGAUUUUUCAAACAUAUUAAUGGAGUAGUUUCUUUGUAAUAGCAAAGUUAUCCUAGAGAUCACCAGCUUCCAAUCUAUUGACCUUCACCUAUAUACGCUGUAUAUCUAAAUAGAUUUUAUUUCAUAUCAUGUCAUAUGUAAUUUCUUUUCCGUUCUUGCUAUACAGUGCUUAGAAAGGUAAGGUUGUUCAACUUGUUCCCUAGCAUGUGAUUUAGUUGUGUAAGAGCAAUCACACCAUCACAGUGCUCAGCUUAUGGAUUUAGAACCCUUUUGAAUUAAAUUUUUUUAUUUAUGCCAAAAGUGAGAGGAUAUUUCAGGCUAAUUUUGAUUUUUUGGUUUUGUGGUCAUCCUACAAAGUGGAAAAAAAAGGGUUGCAAAGAAACAAAAGAUUGUAAGGGUGGUUGUUUCUGAAUUUAGUUAGAUUCAUGAAUGAAUAAAAACUUGCCCUAAAAAAGUAUUGCAAGAGGUAAAUGGAAUUGAUUGUCAACAGUUAGACAACUUCAUCGGGAGUUUGUGCGAGCAGGAGCUGAUGUUAUUCAGGCCUUUACCUUCUCAAUGGAUGAUGAUAUGGGCAGCUCUGAAGCUAAACAUGGGGUUCGUAGAUUGUUAUUAAAUAUUUAUCAAUUUGCAUUCAUAUGAAUAUAUGAAGCCCUUUCUUGAAACAGUUGGUUUUAAGAGGUCAAUAAUAUUUUUUUUUUUGUCAGAUUUUCCUGUUACAGUUUGGUUGUUGUUAAAAUGAAAUGUCAAAACAUGUUAAAAUCCCUAAAAUUAUAUCUUGGUAAAGCAAACCCUAGGGUACAAUAACAAAUGUCUUGUAAGGGCCUAGACCUAACAGCGUAUGUUUGUGAUGAAUUUGAUUGGUUUGCAAAGUCACUUGACUUAUCAUUACAUUUUUAAUGUUCUCUAUAAUUUUCUUAGGGCAUGGCUGUUCUUGUACCUUGAAAUAUCCAUUGAUUCAUAUAGCAUACAGAAUAAAGGCAUGAAAAUUGCUUAAAAUUUCCUUUUAAGUUAGAUUAUAAUAUGUUGAUAUCCCCCUGUGAAUUGUACCUCAAACAAAACAUUUGAGAACUUUAUAGUUAACCCAAAGCUAAAAAAAGCUAAUUCAGGUAGUCUUCAGUCAUGGGUAUUUUGGUAAGGACUGCAGGUGCACCAAACUUCUAUGGCUGAGGGAUGAGCCUAAUAGGUAAAGAUCACCUUGAUAUAUAGAAACAACAUGAAUUGAUGUGUUGUGCAAUUUGGUUUUAUUCUGUUUGUGUGUUUUUUGUUCAUUUUCUUGUUUGAAUAUCCAGUGGGGGAGUUUGAGGAAAUGGUUACUUUCUUGUCUCCUUGUCUGAUAGAACAAUCAUACUUUGCCAGCAUAGAAAUAGUUCAGCCAAUUUGCUGAAUCCUAAGAAAAAUCUUACAUUUUGUAUAUGAAAUUAAUUUAAUUGUACAACAGAAGGCAUGAAAAAAUGAGUAUACACCCUGCAGUGAAGUAGAGUCCAGUUCUUGAAGGAGUAUAGAUUCUCCUGGUUGCUUUAUAGUUCUGAAAUCAGGAUAUCAAAAUAAAAGCUCUUGGCUUAUGGGUAACUGGCUUGUAACAACCCGUUGAUAAGCACCACCACCAAAGAUGCACCACCCCAAAACAAGUUCAAUUCCAAAAAGCACCUCCCCAAAUAUGUACCUCCCAAGAUAAAGCCCCAUCCCCAAAAAUAGUUUUGGGGAUGGGGAGGUGGUAUUAAUUUGGUAAUCGUGGACUUUGGAGGUAAUGUUAAUUUUGUAAUCUGGGCGAUUGAUAGCGGUAUUCUGAGAGCAGAGUAUAGUGCCUAAAAUAGAGAGUGAUCAAAGCUAACAUGCUUUUUUAAGUUGACAAGAAACCAUAACAUACUUUGCUACUGAGGAAUUUUUAAAAAUUAAUGUUAAUUCAUAGUAAUUUUAAGAAUAAUGAUAACUAAUAAUUUAAAGGAUACACGUUCAGUUUUUAUAUACUUGGAAUCUUUCUUAGGCCAUAAAAAUAAACCAGGCAGCAUGUGACCUUGCCAAAAGUGUCGCUCAGGAGGGAGGAGUAUUUUUCGCUGGAUCCGUCUGUCAGACAGCUUCUCUGUAUUCACAAGGUGCUGGAAAAGAAAUUGUAACGAAGAAGUUUAGGGAGCAAAUUCAGAUAUUCAUUCAGAACGAUGUUGAUCUAAUUAUAGCUGAGGUAAUUUUAUUUUGAAAUGUACUUGUUUGAGUUAAUUUUUACUGAAAUCUGCAUAAUGAAGCUGAACACUAUGGUUAUUCGUUGUUAAUGUUAGCGUUUUUACAGCAGAUUUCUAUAGCUUGUUACUACAGCGCCUGGUCAAAUUUAAGUUAAUCAGUUUGACUGAAUGAAGACACGGGACGUUUUUCGCAGAAGGAAGGGCACCUUUCACUGGGGAGUAAAAUACUAUCGCACUUUUCCCGUUAUACCCCCUUCCUUCUAAUGUUACGAUAAGGUUAUGUAAUCUCGGAAAAGUCCCUUUUGCUCUUAUUAGAUAUUUUACCGAGAUACUUGCAACCCAUUUUAUGAUACUCACACCAAAGAAAAUAAUGUCAGAAUUGAACCCUUGAAAUGUACUGCAUCCUUAGAAACUCGUGUCUCAUGGGUGUUUAUUGGUCGAAUGUUUCUCCGACAGUUCUUUGCGAACGUAGAAGAGGCUGAGUGGGCAGUAGAAGUAAUGAAGUCCACAGGGAAACCAACAGCAGUAACCUUAUGCAUUGGACCUGAUGGCGACAGUUGUGAUGUUCCUCCGGGAGAAUGUGCUGUUAGACUCGCGAGGGCAGGUACAGAGAGCCAACUAUAA